CGUAAGAAAAUGGUCACCUCGAAAUUUCCCGACGCAGACUCCGGUUCAGCCUUCGAAAAAGUCUGAGAGAAAUAUGGCGUGAUAAGAAAAACGAGGGAAAAGUGCAACGGUCUGGGUUUUUUUUUCUUCUCCCCCCCCCCCCUCAGUAGAAGCAGAGCUGCUGCCGCUGCCCGGAACUUUUCUCUUUUUCCUUUUUUUUUUCUGGUCGGGGGGCGACGGUGGCGGCGGCUCUUUCCCCGGAGCGGUGUCACAUUUUGCCCAGCCCCAUGCAAAACCUAACGGUCCCUGGCAGCCCCAGCAACUCCAAUGUCACCUGCUCUUGCAACUGCACCGCUUCCCAGCCCCAGGGAAUGGAGAUAUCUGAACUCGAGUUUGUUCAGAUUAUCAUCAUCAUUGUGGUGAUGACAGUGAUGGUGGUGGUGAUCAUCUGCCUGCUCAACCACUACAAGCUCUCCACCUGGUCCUUCAUAACAAGACAGAGUCAGGCACGCAGGCACGACCACGCCCUGCAACAGGAUGGGUGUCUGUGGCCUUCGGACAGUGGCUCUCGACAAGGUGCCUCUGAGGUGCUGUAUGCUCCACAGGCCAGGGAGCGCUUCACAGCUCCCUCUUUCAUGCAGCGAGACCGCUUCAGCCGCUUCCAGCCCACCUACCCCUACCUGCAGCACCAGAUCGACCUGCCGCCGACCAUCUCGCUGUCCGACGGCGAGGAGCCCCCGCCCUACCAGGGGCCCUGCACCCUGCAGCUCCGCGAUCCAGAGCAGCAGAUGGAGCUCAACCGCGAGUCAGUGAGGGCCCCGCCCAACCGGACCAUAUACGACAGCGACUUGAUCGACAUGGGAGGCGGAGGCGGGGUCGGGGGAGGAGGAGGAGGCGGAGGACCAAGGCCGCCCAGCAGUAACUCGGGCAUCAGCGCGGCAAACUCGAGCAGUCACGGACGCAUGGAGGGCCCUCCGCCGGCAUACAGCGAGGUGAUGGGGCACUACCCGGGCUCGGCGUUCUUUUUACACCAGCACAGCAAUAACCAGAGGGCAGGGCAAGGGAGCAGGACGAUCCAGCAGCAAGGCCAAUCAGAAAGCACAAUAGUACCUGCCAAGGCCAAGGAUGGCCAACCUGAGGACCUGGUGUGAGAAAGAAGGGGAGGGGCUGAGCACCUGAGACUCGAGUACUACGUCUCCUCCUCCUCGCCCCUCUUUCGUGAUCACCUGUGAGGAGUGGUCUCUAUCUUUCUCUCUGUAACUUUUCUCUAUAUCUUUCUAUAUAUCUGUCUUUCUCGCUCUCUCUUUCACCUCUCCUCUCUCCACACUCCCAUGCACAAAUAAAUAUCAACCUUAGCUACAACAAAAUAAGGCAAGA